AUGGAAAAAGAAGAUAACAAAGAACAAGCCAGAGAUGGAGUAGAAGUCAUCAAUGACUCUACAACAAGAUCAUCAGGUCACUCUGUUAGUUUUGUACAUGGCAGUAGUUGUGGUAAUGCAUCAUCAUCAUCAGGAAAUACAUUUGGAACAUGCAUUCGUCCUUCUGAUCUCAGACGUACUCAGAACAAUAUUACUGGUGAAAGAAGCAACAUUACUAAUGUCCAAUACCAUAGCUCCUCAGCUUAUGCAACUGCAGCAAAUACCAAUUCCAAACGUCGCCGAAGAAGUGUGUCAUCAAGCCCUUACAGUAGUAUGUCACAUGAAGCACUGCCUGUUGAUCAUCCAGCUGAGAGAUCUAAUGGUGCAGCUUUCAGUAAGUCAAAAGUGUUUGUCCAUGGUAGCAGUAGUUGCCAAGCUCCUCCAGCCAAUGAUGAACUCAAGCUAAUUGAAAACAUUGCUGAUACCUUAAGUCCAGAUGAAGUGAGACAUCUCCUAUUCCAAGGGCACAAGAAUGAGCAUAUUGCUUAUCCAUUUCUCAAUCCUAACAUUGAAAGUAAAGUUUCAUCAACCCAAGGCCACCAGAAUGAUAUUAAUGUUGUUGGCCAUCAGCAAUUACCUCCUCUUCCUCAACCUACCGAUUUCAGAACAAUUUGCAUAUACUGUUACAAGAAUGUCCUCGAUGGGAAUACAGAUGGGAAUACAUCUGUUUCAAAAAGGUCAUGCGGCCAUUAUUUCCAUGUCAAUUGCUUUCAUCUUCAGCCUGAAUCCAAGCAGAAUAUUUGGAUCAAGGACUGCCAUUUCUGCGAGCUAGAAAAGAAUCGUUGA